AUGGAGGAUCGGCGUGUCACACCAGAUGAUGGACAGGAAGAAAGUGUAGAAGCCAGCCUUGGCUUCGCCCCGGAGAAGUCCAGGCCAAGGUGGAGAUCCGUCGGCCAAUCAGAGCUGACGGAAGCUGAUGUCUUCGAGGAGGAGCGCGAAUGGCUGCAAGCUCGCUCUCAGCGCCUCUCUGCUGCGCGGAGACGGAUCGAAGCAGCCAUUGCCUCGGCUGCCGACGAAGUCAAGCCUGAAUCCUUCUCGAUUGCCCUUUCCGGUGGGGGCAUCCGCGCUGCUGCAUUUCAGGCUGGCGUGCUUUGGCGGCUUGCACAAGCUGGACAGCUGCAGGACGCGGAGUACCUGGCGGCUGUCUCUGGGGGCGGUUACCUGGCCUCAAGCUUCGCUUCCCACUUGGCCGCAGCGGAUUCGCAGCCUCAAAGUGGCGCCACUCGGAAGGAGGUUGCGGACUUCUACCUCGAUGUGCUUGCGAAGACGUUCUGUCGGAUGCAACAGAACGCUGGUGGAUUUCUGCGUGAUCCCACAGCAGGACCAAAAGGGGAGAGGAGCUGGAGGAUUGCUUUUCGACUGCCGAGGGACGGCUCAGGCAUGCUUCCCCGCAUCUUCGACGGCGUGCUCCUGCUUCUGACGCUGGCCACCACUCUGGCCCUGAAUCCCUUGCAGAUCACCGUGGUGUGGCUCGUGCCCUUUACAGAAGCACUGAACGUCUUCUAUGGCACAGCCCUUCGCAUAGCCUUCUGCGCGCAGGGUCUGCCGCAUUGGCAGAUUCUCUGGGAUUGGUCUCCCUACGGGACCUUCCUUCGCUUCUUCGAGUUGACGGCUGGGGUGAACUUCGCCUUCUGGCUCCUCUCGAGGUUUGCGAAGCGAGCAAAGGGCUCAUCGGCAUCACCCAGGUGCUACCUCUUCGUGAACGGCUGUCUUGCUUGUGCUGCCCGGUUCCUUGGAGUGAUGCUUCUGCUGCUGGUGAUGAUCUUUGCACUGCCUUAUGUGGAGGACUGGUCGGUUCCGGAAUCCGGGGGCCUGACUUUGCCGCAGAGGUCUGGCACAUGCGAGGAGCACUUCAGGGCAGCGAGUCCAUUGACGAGUGGCUGCGAGAAUGCAGAUGUCUUCGCCGAAGCGGGACGCUCUGUCGAUGAGUACAUUCGGUUCAACGCCAGCGCGGUGCAAAGAGGCAUCACUCCAGAGGUGCAAGCCGUUGCGCUUCCGGAAUCCUCCACGGCCGUUGCUGGCCCCGAUGUGGCAGUCUUCCUGGUUUUUCGCGAGCUUCUUUUGAAGGGUGACCGUUCCGUGCUGAUCACCUUCUUCGGCAUCCUGGUGUUCCUGCUGACUGUCACGGUGCUUUUUGCACCCUUCCUGCCUGGCCUAUUCAUCUCCGUGGUGACGAUCACUGGCCCUUUGCUUGGUCUGACGAUGAUUAUGCUGAUGCUCCAGUACAGAAUCUAUGGACCCCUAACAGGUCAGGCUCUGAUGUUUGGGCAGCUACCCUUCUCCGAAGUGAAGUGGCGAAUGUUCGUUCGCAUGUGUUUAAUGGCUGGCAUCGUCGUUGUGCCGUUCCACAACGAGCUUCGGAGACUUUGGCAUUGGUACUACUUACGCACCCUGCAGCGCAACUUUUUUCAUGGUGGUAAGGACAUGCCGUUCUCCAAGCUGGCAGAGCAGCCGCUCUGUCCACUUCUGAUCCUUACAGGCACGGUGACAGACUACAGGCGGCUCGGCAAGCAGACAUGGCCGCGACUUCUCCUAGACCGGACCCAAACGAUCGCGGAGAUUUCGUUCACUGCGCUGCAUACUGGAAGCACCGCUACAGGCUUCAUCAGGACGACCUACUUUCGGACGCUGGCCAAAUGUACAGCCUUGACAGGGGCAGGCUGCCUGGACGCUUUGAGCCUGAGUAUGUCGAAUCGAUUACGCUUCCGGUUUUGGCUGGAAAUCCUCAACCUCAGCUGGGGUGACUACAUCUUCUUCAGCAGGCGAGGUGCGAACAGGUACGUCGAGCGUUUGGCCAACGUGCUGCAGACGGAGGCUGGUCGGAAAUUCCGGUGGAUUGCACAGCAGUUUCCGGCCCUCUUCAUUUGGGCCAGUACUCAGGUGCUGCUUACUGUCGGCUGGACCAGGAUGUACCAGCCGGAGAACACACUGGAGGAUUGCAGCGUGGCAAAGUCGCUGGUGCUUGCCUCAAUCGGUCUCUGCAUCAGCUUGAUCGCUCUCAGCUUUUUCGCCUUCUUGCCCGGUCUUCACUGCCUCAUGGUGUCGCCGAUCAUCCGCCAGUUCCAUCAGGCUACUCGGUUCAUCUAUCGGGGUGAGCGCGCCCCACGGCUGGUCUACGUGACGGAUGGUGGUGUGCAGGACUGUACAGCGAUUGUCCAGCUCAUGCGCCGCCGCCGUAAAAGGAUCCUUCUGGUGCUUGCUGCCGCCGAUCCGCACGACGAGCUGGAAGUGCUCUGGAGCGCGAUGUGUUGUGCCAUCGAUCAGCAGGUCGGGACCUUCUUCGAUCCCUCUGGAAGCUACCGCGACGUCCGCGCGGUGAUGCAGGAGUUCGGGGACCGGAAGGAGAUGGCCUUCUUGCGCCUUGGCAUUCGCUACGGUGGCUGGUCACGCACGAAGGAGGAAACUCCUACUUUGUCGUUGCUGGGGGAGCUGCUUGUGGUGAAGAAUCGGAUGCCUCCCUGUCUUCGAGGGAUGCAGGCUGGCUCUUUGUUGACGGAGGCAGAGGUCAAGUCAGGGAGACCGAGCUCGGGCAGGACUUCGGGCUGCAGGCAAGCCCUGGAAGCCGAAGACCUCGGUGGUUUUUGCUGCUGCGACUGCUGCCAUGGCAUUGGAUGCAACUGCGGGCCAAAGUUCCCGCAUCUUUCUGGAGCCAACUACUUAUGGCUCACACCGAUUCUGUUUGCCAACUUAUGCCGGCUCGGAUACGAGAUGCGGAUCGAAGCUUCGCAGGGUAAGCCAAGGGAAAGCAUGACUUUGCAUGCGAGGGCCUCUCGCUCGAGAUCUCGAGAGAAGACAUGCCGCUCGUUGGGUGAAGUUGUCCUUUGCACGCAGACGUGCACAAUUUCGACGACUUUGGGAGAUGCCUGCGAUCAGCUUAUCGCGUCCGGUCAUACAGGAACCCUCGUGAUGCACGAGGGGGAAGUCCUGGGAGUUAUCACGGAGAAUGACAUCCUGGCCGCCCUGAUGGAUGGCAUUGACCGUGACAUUCAACUCGAUUUGUGGUUGCGUGGAGGACAAGCCCGACUCCCAGGAUGCAUGGUGAACGCUUUGACCAUGACCCCGGCAAUGAGCCUUUUAAAAGCUGCCGAAAGAAUGGCUUGCCAAGCGGAGAAGGACUCGGGCUACGCCUGCCAUCACCUGCUCGUCUCCAACGGUUCGCAACCUCACUUGGCGUCAGAUCUUGAUGUGGCCAAAAGCUUGAUCAGCAACCUGCCCAAGAGGAGCAGGGAUGCCGUGUUCGUGGAAGUCAAGGAGGCAAUGAAGCCACGUGCAAACGUCGCAACCUGCCGUCUCGGCGACAAACUCAUAGACGCGUACCGUAUCAUGUACGAGUCCAGGCAGAAUUGUGUAUUGGUGGUGGAAGGACUCGGCGACGUCGAAGGAGAGAAUGUCCUCAAUCCUGAGGACGAGGGCAGCCAUAUUCAUGGUGUCAUCACGAUUUCAGAUGCGAUGCGAACUUUCUCAGAGUGCCAAACCGGUGACAACAUACGAGUGCAAGGCUUUCUGAAUGGUUUGACUGCAGCUGAACACUUCACAGCUCCCGGAAGAAGCAUCCUGGAAUCACAGUCCCUUUUGGAAGCUGCAGAGCUCAUGAGCGAACUCGGCGUCCAUCAUUUGGUGGUCCUCAGCGCGAGACAUGACCAGAAAGAGAUUGUAGGCGUUCUUUCCGCGCUGGACAUCAUCUGUGCCGUGAGUUCACCGAGCUGGCUUCAUGGAACAGACGGCGGCGCUUGA